AUGAGUGGGGGUCAGAGUGGAGUUGCUACUCUUAGAUGUUACAGAUGUGGUGGACCUCACUUCAUUCGUGAUUUCCCUCAUAUCGAGAGCAAGUGCUUUAGGUGUGGCCAGAUGGGUCACAUGUCGACUAGUUGUCCUGUAGGUGCCAGACAGACCAAGAGUGCCCCGAGGGGUGAUAGAUCUAUUGCAGCUGGGAGGGUGUUUGCCUUGACCGGAGCCGCAGCUUCCACUUCAUUUGAUCUAGUGAAGGGGAAGGGUAAAACUACUGAUGUUGGAACCAAUGGUGGUGUACUUGUGGACGAUUUGGAUAUUCCUCCUAUUGAAGAGGAUGAAUUAAUUGGACUUGCAGUGGUGGGAGAUGUUAAUGCCAUUAAUAAGAAUGAAGAUAAUAUGGAUGAUGAUUGUCAAGAAGAAAUUUAUGCUCUCCUAAUUGACUAG